GAAAGCGAAAGGGAAAGGGAAAGCGGGCGGCGGGCCCAUGGCGUCGGGGCAGGAGCAGGCGGCGGCCGAGCGGCCCCAGGGACUGGCCCCGCUGGGGGCUGCGGGGGCCGGCGCGGGCGGACGCGCGUCCUGCGGGCACUGGGUGAGCGCGGCCGAGCUGCAGCCGUGGGUGCGGGCGCUGCUGCAGCAGGGCAUCACGUCCUGGCGCUGCCCGCGCUGCCCGGAUGCCAGGUGGCUCUGGCAGGAGCUCCGUGACCUUGGGCUCUUCUCUGGCCGGGAUCAGGCCUGGCUGGAGGCCACAAUCCUGGCGCAGGAAGGGGCCAGGAGCAGCUACCGCCAGUGCCCGCGCUGCCAGCUCCUGGUGCAGCGCCCGGCGCCCGGGCCCCUGCGCACUGCCUGCCCCCCCUGCUCCAGGAAGGCCAAGCAGCUGCGCUGCUUCUGCUGGGGCUGCCACCAGGUCUGGGAGGAGCCGUCAGCCCUGGGCGACACCAGCCAUGGCUCCCUGUGUGCCCUGCUGACCGUGCUGCAUGAUGCUCCUGAAAUCCGGGCCCCCGAGUCGUGCGUCAAUGGCUGCCCCUCACUGCGAGCCUGUCCCGAGUGCCGGACCUUGGUGACGCACAAUGGGCGGCGUUUCCCUACGGUGCGGUGCCCUCAAUGCCAGGCCUGGUUCUGCUACCGCUGCCUGGAUGUGGCUGAGCACUGGCAUGUCUGUAUGGUUGCAGCCCGGCAGCAGGACUUCAGCAGGCGUGCUGCGGCUCCCCCUCCCAGUGUCCGUCGUGUGCUCCCGGCUCGUAGGAUUCGGCGCAGGCUCCAUGUCCCUGGGUAGCAGGCCCCUGUGCCCAACUCCUCCUGUGCCCUGCAGUAGCCCCUGGGCCACAGAGCAGGGCCCAGAACUGCUCCUCCCAUGCUGCACCUCCGCCUGCCCCCACUGGAAAUCCUGUGAGGCUCAGACCCCAGCAGGAGCUCUGCCCGCAACUGCCUGCACCUUGAUCCGCAAGGCCCCGUGAGUUGGGAGCGGAUGCCUUGAUAGCUGUGGCUGGGCACUCCAGCCCCCUCACUCCUACUGAGGUGCUGGGACUGGGGAAAAACCUAGAAGCACUGCUAAUAAUCUAGGCAGCUGCAGCGGUGCGAUUGCAUUUGAGACGGAAGCAAAAACAAGUACAUCUUUCUUGGAAAGUGCGUUCUUGUGCUGGAUGUUGAGCUUGUAUCAAAGCAGUAAUAAAUGAGGCAAGAAUGAAGCCAGCAGUGCUGUUCCAUCAGUCCUGUCAUCAGGGGGAGUACGUGCACAGUGACUUUUCAGGUUUGGAAAAGGAAAUGCCUCCUCCUUGAGCAUCCGGGCACGGCAGCCAACGUUCAUUCAACAUUAGUGCCAAGCCUGAGUUCAUGUUUCUAGCUAAUGCGGCACACAGAGUUAAGGUUUCCGAGUUAAGGUUUGUAGCUAACGUUGAAGGUGGUCUGCAGGGCCGCGGAACAGGAGCUACAUAGAUUCAGAGAUGUUAGGGUCGGAAGGGACCUCAAUAGAUCAUCGAGUCCGACCCCCUGCAUAGGCAGGAAAGAGUGCUGGGUCUAGAUGACCCCAGCUAGAUGGUUAUCUAACCUCCUCUUGAAGACCCCCAGGGUAGGGGAGAGCACCACCUCCCUUGGGAGCCCAUUGCAGACCUUGGCCACUCGAACUGUGAAGAAGUUCUUCCUAAUGUCCAGUCUAAAUCUGCUCCCUGCUAGCUUGUGGCCAUUAUUUCUUGUAACUCCCGGGGGUGCCUUGGUGAAUAAAACCUCACCAAUUCCCUUCUGUGACCCCGUGAUGAACUUAUAGGCAGCCACAAGGUUGCCUCUCAACCUUCUCUUGCGGAGGCUGAAGAGGUCCAGGUGCCCCAGUCUCUCCUCAUAGGGCUUGGCCUGCAAGACCUUAACCAUAUGAGUGGCCCUUCUCUGGACCCUCUCCAGGUUAUCCACAUCCCUCUUGAAGUGUGGUGCUCAAAAUUGCAUGCGGUACUCCAACUGCGGUCUGACCAGCGCCCGAUAGAGGGGAAGUAUCACCUUGGUUCUGUUCAUCAUGCAUCUGCUGAUGCACGAUAAAGUGCCAUUAGCUUUUCUGAUGGCUUCGUCACACUGCCGACUUGUGUUCAUCUUGGAGUCCACUAGGAUCUUGGAGUCCACUAGGACUCCAAGAUCCCUUUCCGCUUCCGUGCCACCCAGCAGGUCAUUCCCUAGGCUGUAGGUGUGCUGGACAUUUUUCCUCCCUAGGUGCAGCACUUUGCAUUUCUCCUUGUUGAACUGCAUUCUGUUGUUUUCUGCCCACUUGUCCAACCUGUCCAGGUCUGCUUGCAGCUGUUCCCUGCCCUCCGGCGUGUCCACUUCUCCCCAUAGCUUUGUGUCAUCCGCAAACUUGGACAGAGUACACUUCACUCCCUCGUCCAAGUCGCUGAUGAAGACAUUGAAGAGUAUCAUUCCAAGGACCGAGCCCUGCGGGACCCCACUGCCCACACCCUUCCAGGUCGAAACCAACCCAUCCACUACGACUCUCUGGCUGCAACCCUCCAGCCAAUCCGCCACCCACCGGACUGUGCAGUCAUCCAAGUCACAGCCUCUUAACUUGUUCACCAGUAUGGGGUGGGAUACCGUAUCAAAGACCUUCCUGAAGCCUAAGUAUACGACAUCCACCGCUACUCCUGUGUCCAGGCGUUUUGUAACCUGGUCAUAAAAAGAGACUGGAUUGGUCAGGCACGAUCUGGCUGCCACGAACCCGUGCUGGUUUCCCCUCAGCAUAAUUUGUCCUGCUGGGCUCUCGCAAAUGUGAACCUUGAUAAUUUUUUCAAAGACUUUGCCAAGGAUGGAGGUGAGACUGACUGGCCUAUAGUUGCCCGAGUCCUCCUUCCUCCCCUUCUUGAAAAUGAGGACCACAUUGGCCCUUUUCCAGUCCUCCGGGACCUGGCCCGUGCGCCAUGAGCGUUCAGUAUUCCCGCCAGUGGCUGUGCAAUGAUGUCGGCCAGUGCCUUCAGCACCCUCGGGUGGAGCUCAUCCUGGCCUGCCGACUUAAAGGCAUCCAGUUCUUCCAAAUGACUCUGCACCAUCUCAGGGUCUACGCAUGGUAGUCUGACGCCUUGCUGCUGCCUCUCUACAACCCCAGUGAGAGACUUGUCGUGCCCCUCGCUUAGGAACACCGAGGCAAAGAACUCGUUGAGGAGUUCAGCCUUGCCCCCCCUGUCCGUCACCAAUUGCUUCUGCCCAUUUAGCAGGGGGUCCUAUUCCUCCCUGGGCCUUCCUUUUACUCCCUAUAUAUCUAAAAAACAAUUUUUUGUUAUCCUUUACAUGACCAAAAGCAGCCAGCAGUUAGCCCCACACUCCCCUCUGGAGUAGUGGAGGAGGGGACCAGCAAGGGGUGACCUGCCUGAUGUCUAGGCACAGUCCUUCCUCACAGGGAGACCUCAGCACUGAGCGUGUGAGAUGGGCUGGGAACAUCCUAUCCUGUCUAGGCUGGCUCCUGAUCUGCUCACUCUCUUCUGCAGGAGCUCUGGCAAUCGUAGUCCACUUUUCCCUGUACCCUGACUGUACCCUGGCUAGCCCCAUGGGUUGGAAAGUGACAUGAGAUCUGUCCUCUCCAAAAGGCCCAGCUUUGAUGCAGUCCCAGGCAGGGGCAAUGGCUUGGGUAGGGGCAGGAAAUGGGGUCAGUGACCUUUCCCCUCUAGGGUGUGUGGCUCCAAUCCAGUCCCUGGGUGGGGGCUUGUGCCACGAACUCAAAAGCACUGGAGGGUAAAACCUGUCUCCCAAGGUCCUCCUCAGCUGCCUAUUGGCACCAGAGUGAACCAAGGACAACCUGGGACCCAUGGACAAGGGCUUUAUGUGGCCACAGCUCUUAAUUGAAGCCCCUCCAGUUGGGGAACCCAAUUCUCUGGGCUCUGUAGGAGGCCUUGAGCUGGCUGGAGCAGCAUGGGAGGGAGCGGCAGCUCCAUGACACCAGCCUGUGCAUCCUCUGGACAUUCUCCCUUCUCCAUCACAGCCUCCAGCAGGUGCAGUGAUGUCAGCCAGUGCUGCCUCCUUGGCACCCCUCCUACAUUGCAGCCUGGCCUUUCUUGUUGAAGACCAGGACCCAGUCAUCCAGUCACAACCCAACUCAACGCAACCUAAGCCAACCCAAAAACGUCAUGAGUUCUCAGAGAGCAGUGGUGUAUUGCCACUGUCACUGUCUUCUGUUCCACUUGUGUCUUCCUAUUCUUCGCUGCCUUCACUCCCUCUUAACUUGGAGGGUUUGUAUGACCCUGUGCCACAUGUCUCUGUGCCAGGUGAUGUUUGCCAUGUCUUCUCCAUCCUCUGCUUCUGAUUUCUAGUAGUAGGUCUGGAGUUUGCUCAGCAUCAUUUUCACACAGCCCACUACCUCUAUGUCCGCUUAUGUGCACAGCACGAGAUUCCUGGCCUUCCACAGGCCGCUCCUGAUGCAGGACGCAAACUGGUCAAAACGGGGUGACGGGCCUCCUUGACAUUUGGUGAGCUGCCUGUACAGCGGUGCUUCGCUGGUUAGCUGGCUGAUGCUGGUCACCACUUUGUAGAACUGCUGCACCCUUUCCCAUACCUCCUUGGUGCAGGUGCAUAGCCAGAGGAGAUGAUGAAAUGUCUCGGGGGCUCUGCGGGAGUUGAGCCACGGGCAGCUGAGUCCCCCCAACUGCCCCUCUGUAUGUCUCCGGGCCCUCACUGGUAGAGCGCGGUGGGCUCUGAGCCAGUUCACAUUCUUGUGAUCUUUGCGCAGCUCCUUGGUGGAUACGCUCCCACACGGCAGCAGAUACAGCUGCAGGAAGUCCAGCUAGUGACCCCUGCCCCAAUAUAGGAGCAGCCAGCACCAGGGGUGGCUGCUGGAAGCACCACCUAUGCAUUUAGCACGAGGUGAGCCCUGGGUCUGCAGCCCAGCCCUCAGUUCUGCUGAGACAAGCCUCCUGCACUUGGCGUCUCCUGCCUCCUGACCUUAGUUUUUGGUUUAUUUCUGAACUUCAGCUUUGGAUUUCCAGGGCACCAUCAGAAGUGCUUUCAAGCCGCCUAGGAAGGUAAUUUUUUGUCUGAUGAAUCUGAAUAAGACAUGAACAUUUAAUUAUGAUGAUUGUGGGAUGGAUAAAUUGAUGCCUUUUUGAUGGCAGUGGCUAUUUUUGACUAGUUUCUUGUGUUUUGCCAACUUAAUAUAUGAUCUAGCAAAUUAGUGAACAUUUCAAUAAAGUGUUGUUGUUAUUCUUGCUUGGA